GAUUCAAUAAAUUUAAUAUCAACAUCAAUUGAUGGAUUAUUAAUUUUUAUCGAGAUCAUUGAAUUAAAUUCUUUUCGAAAACAAUAUUGGCAAUAAAAAAAAAUAAUAUCUGCCACAAACGAAAAAAUAAAUCAAAUUGUAAGUGAUGCGAAGCACUAAAAUACUUUUGAGUCUCUAGACGUGUGUUAUAAAGUUGAGAGUCAGUCAGUCAGUCGUUCACCGGCAACGAGUUCAGAGAGUGAGUUAGCUCGUUUUUAAAGUGCUGUGAGCGACUCGUAUUUGUAGUUUAGAGUUUAGACUACAUUUCGUCGUUCAGACGAGACGUGAACUGAAUACCCGACACUAUAAAAUUCGGAUUUCCGGUGAAGAAUUUUUUUAAUAAGAUGUUAGAUUAAUCGCGAGGGCAAACGAAACCCCACCGAAAAUAAACCGAAGCGGAUUUGGGCCACGAACGCUCGCGAGGAUCUUAAAUAUGGGACGCAGAAACUAUUCGUUGUCCAACAGUUGAGUUAUGGCUUAAGGUACAUUAAGAAGUGCAGAAAAAAAACCAAGAUUGAAUCACUUGAAACAAAAGCCUAAAAAUAGGUACCGUUUAGUGAGAAAGAAGUUAAUAAAUCCACUGAGAAUUAGAAGAAACUUUAACGAUAACUCAUAGAAGAAAAAAUAAAUUGAAAAUAAAUUGAAGAGUGCAUUUAAUAAGCCGGAAAUGCUUAGUUGCUAAGAAAUAUGAACCGAUUUGUGUUGUUAUUUUGGUUGGCGUUUUGCGUGCCAAAAAUUAACGGGGAACCUCACCUUCCAACAGUAUUACCAUGUUCAGAUGGAUUUGUUAAAAUACACAACUUUUGUUAUUAUUUUAGCGUCGAAGCGGAGAAUUUCGAUGGUGCCGAAUUUAAAUGCAGAGAAAGGAAAAGUAAUUUGGCAGUAAUUCAUAAUAAAAGACAAGAUAGAGAACUCAAAAAUUAUUUAAUAAAACAAUACGCAGGAGCUAAUGGAAAUUUUACGAGUUCACAAGAUGUAUUAGCUUCCGUUCCAAGAUGGUUAGGAGGACAAUACAAUUGGAUCAAAAAGCAAUGGGUUUGGAGAUUAAACGGAAAAUUAAUCAAAUACCAAUCAUUUUUACCAAACAAUAAUGCAUCCUCUGAAUGGAACUGCUUAUUGUCCCAUCCAAGUUACAAUUUUAAUUGGAUAGGAAGUAAAUGUUGGGAAAAACAAUAUUUCAUCUGCCAAACACAUUUGCUUCACCCACAAUUAAAAAAUGCCACCCAUAAAAACCAACCGGGUUAUUACAUAGUAACACCAUCACCCCCAAAAAAAGCAAAACCGAAGAUAUCAAUCGUUUGUCCAAGAGAUUUUCAACCAAUUGGAAGGAAAUGUUUUAGUUUUAGUACUGAAAAAGAAACUUGGCAACAAGCUUAUCAUAAAUGUGAAGAUAAAAGAUCGCAAUUGGCAAUAUUUCGAAAACCGGGUCAAAAUAGAAAGUUAAAAUUACACGCGCGCAAAUUAAGAUUGUUCGAAGAUGUUUGGUUGGGUGGUCGAUACGAUUGGAAUCGUAAAAACUGGAAGUGGGCUAAAAAUGGGAAAAUAAUCCAAGGAAGGACACCCCAAAAAGAUCAAGAUUGGACGUGUUUAACUUGGAGCUAUAAUCUAGAUACGUACGGUGCCGAAAAUUGUUUAACGACUCAAUAUUAUUUGUGCCAAACUCAACCCGAUAUUAUUCAAAAGAAAAAAGAAAAGAAAAUCAAAAAAGUUGAAUUUCGUUUUGAACUUUACAACAAAACAGAUUCUACGAGACAUUACGAUUAAAUAAUAUUUAUUCUAUAUUUUAUUUUCAAUACUUCAAAUACUCAUUAAUCUUAAUUAUUUC